AUGUCAUGCCAAUACAUACCGUGUGGGUGUGUCGUCAUUGUCGACAAGACGCAGCGCUACCUCGCUCUCUCGGCUACAUCUGCCCACACAACCAUUCUCUCCACCACGUCUCGCACACGUCUCACCCAGACAUAUGUCAACAACACAGGCUGUCCAGUCAAAGAAGCACGGUACGUGUUUCCAAUGUACGAUGUCGUGCCCGUCGUCGAGUUCACAUGCACAAUCGGGUCAAGAAUCAUCAGGGGCGUCGUCCGUGAACGCAAAGAAGCAAAACGUAUCUUUGACAAGGCCACGGCACGGGGUGAAGCCGCAGGCUUGCUGGGACAGAGUCUCUCGGCGACGGAUGUGUUCAUCGCAAAGUUGGGCAACGUGUCUGCCGGUGAGGGUGUCAAGGUGGAGGUGACGUAUCUUGGGGAACUGGAGCACGACGCUGAGAUGGACGGGCUGAGGUUUACCAUCCCGACGGCUAUUGCACCGCGGUAUGGGCAUCAUGCAUAUCGAGAUGUUUCGCCGCCCGAGGUCAGAGUCCAGGGGAAGAUCGUCAUCACGGUCGACGUUGAUAUGGGACCGGGGUGUAUUGUCAAGUCGGUUCAGUCGCCUUCGCAUCCUAUUUCUGUCGUUGCGACUGGACUCGGCGCGCCGGCCGCCCUCCUCGAAGUCCAUCCUACCAAAGCUCACCACCGUACCGUCAUGGCAUAUCUCGUCCCCAGAUUCAACCUGCCUGUGGAAAAGCCAGAAAUAGUGUUCAUCUGUGACCGCAGUGCCAGCAUGGGAGGAGGUAAAAUGCUCAAUCUCCUCUCGACACUCAACAUCUUUCUCAAGUCCCUGCCAGUCGGGGUUCGGUUCAAUAUUUGUAGCUUCGGGUCACGGUUACAUUUUCUCUGGCCAAAAUCUGUCGACUACACUCAGGAAACUCUGGACGAGGCUGUUCGCCAUGCUGAGACCUUCUCAGCCAAUCACGGCGGUACGGAGAUGUUUACACCUGCUCGGAAAACAUUCAAGAGGAGAAUUCAAGAGUCUAAUCUUGAGGUAUUCCUCUUGACGGACGGAGACAUCUGGGACCCGGGCGAACUGUCUGACCUCAUCAACCGUGAACACGUGAGCCAUUCGCUGAUAAAGGGCGCUGCGAGGGCUGGCAAUGGCUUCGCCCAAGUUGCCGGAGAAGAUGAGAAGAUUGACAAGAAGGUUGUGCGAAUGCUCAAGGGAGCACUUACACUGCAUGUCUCGGACUACACUCUGGAAAUCAAGUACGAUAAAUCUGAGGAAGAAACUGCCCCCAACACUGAGGAAGAUGAGUUUGAAUUCGUUGAAAGAAUUAUGGUCAGCGCUCCAACAUACCUGCAGACGCCAUUGCCCAUACCGGCCCUCUUUCCAUUCAACCGCACGACAGCGUAUAUCAUGCUUUCUGAUGAAACGCCUGCCCGAGAGCCCAAAUCCGUCGUGUUAAGGGGUAAUUCUCACCGCGGGCCGCUCGAACUCGAAAUUCCAAUCACAAAACUCGGCCGAAAGGCCACGACGCUGCACCAGUUGGCGGCCAGAAAGGCAGUUCAAGAGCUUGAAGAUGGCAAAGGUUGGCUCUGGCACGCCAAGGAUGCCAAUGGCGAGCCACUCCGGAAGAAAUGGCCCGGCAAGUUCCCCCAUGUCUGGUGCUCAUUCGUUGCCACAUGGUCGGAUGCCGACGAGGCGGAGGGGACUGGUGAUGAUUCUGCCGCGGCACUCGACGACACGGAUGAGCUCAGCGAUGAUAGUGACAUUUCAUCUAAGCGCCAGGUUGGGCGCGCAUUUGUGGCAAGGAAGGCACCCAGAAAAGCGGUAGUGCCUGUAGAGGAUGAUGAUGACGAAGAAGAAGAAGAAGAGGGCGAGGACGAGGAGGACGAUAGUUUUGGAGUUGCAAAGGCUGAACCUGACGCAUUGUCCAUCUUUGCGCUCGAGAAUAUACUUGGCAUCACCAAGGCUCAGGCUAUAAGCGCCGUCAAACUCCCCAUGCGGGGAGAUGUGGAAGAUGUUGUAUCCACGCUAUGCGCAAUCGCCCACCUCACGAAGAAGAUGGCUGCUGACAAGGACUCGUGGGAAUUGAUGGUGGAAAAGGCACAUGAUUGGCUGCAGGAACAAACUGGUUGGGCCGUCGAAGAGCUAGAGCUGCUGGUCGAGGAUGCGAAACUGCUUGGAUGA